CCUCCAGAGAGGACAAGCAACGGGUUGGGUCGUUUCUUUCUGGGGAUGAAUUGUCUCAUUUGUUUGAGCUCGUAAAACCUUUUAAUAAUCUUGUCAAGAUUUAGACGCAUAGUGUCUGAAAUUAGGACACAAUGCCCACUUGAAUUGGCAAUAACAACUUCAAAUCACUUAUUUUGGAUUAGAGUAUUGUGAUCAAUCUGAUGUUGGUUUUUUAUACAGAGUAUAAAGCCUUGCUUGCCUCAUCUGGAGCGCCCGCCCAUUGGGCUUUCUGCGGAGCGAUAGUGGAGAGAUUGAUUAUAAGGUCUACGGGAUUUGUCGUGGAAAAAACAGAGCCUGCUUGGACUGCUUGCUCGUGAUUUUGUGCUCCCAUCAGUGAAGGAGAAGGAAAAUUAUCCGGGACUUAUUCCAGUCUGACUCCCAAAACCGUCAGCACUCCCCGCCCCCCUUCGGGUAUCCAGAUACGCAGGAGUCACGCCGGACUUUUAGUUUUUACUGAGGAGGCUGCGAGUGCGAAUCGCCUCCGCAGUCUCGGAUGCGUAGUGAGCCGGUGCUGCGAGUGAGUGGGUUGGGUCGCCUAGGCGCCGGGCAUACGCACACUUCAUCGUCAGCGAUAAAAGCAGAUAGGUGAGGGUAAAGGCGAGAGGAAACGACAUCCAAGGCUUUUAUUUUUUAUUUUUUUUAAACAGAAGGACGUUGUAGAGAGGUGGGUCGCACAUUUGGAAAGCCGCCGGCUGUGGAUUUGACUCUCAAGGAAGCUUUUUUUUUCUUCCUCUUGCCUCCAGGGUUUUGUAGACCUCCUUAUUUUCUGAUUCAGGACCAGCAGCUGACCACACUGUCAGACUCCACCGGCUUCUCAUCUAAAAGGAGGGGAUAUUAAAAGUGGAUCAGCGGAGCAACACACACACAUACAAUGGCAACCGGUGCGCUCCUUCUAGUCUGUGCGCUGCUUGCCGGUGUUGCUGUGGCUCAGCGAGUGGUAACGGUGCAGAGUGGGCCGCUCGUACGGACUGAAGGCUCACACGUGACCAUCUGGUGCAACGUGACGGGCUACAAAGAGGGGACGGAGCAGAACUUCGAGUGGUCCAUGUACCUCCCUUCAGUACCAGACCGGGAGAUUCGCAUUGUGAGCACAGCUACGAAAAACUAUGCCUAUGCUGUAUAUUCCCAGAGGGUGACUAGUGGGGAGAUCUUCGUGGAGAAGCUGAGCAGUGACUCAGCUGUGCUGCACAUCACCAAAGUGCAGGCCAAGGACCAAGGUCUGUUUGAGUGUUACACACCCAAUACAGACGGGCGGUACCUGGGAUCCUACAGUGCACGCACCAACCUCACUGUUAUUGCUGACUCUUUGACAGUAACAGCUCCGGCCCAGACUCUGUCCAAAGUGGAAGGUGACACGCUACAGCUUACCUGCGAGGUGGCUCGGACCACAGUGCAGCACACUCACUUGUCAGUAGGCUGGUACUUAAGGUCCCCGGAGGACCCAACCGCCCCGCCUCAGGAGUUAGUCACAUUGUCAAGAGACUUCGUUUUGCGCUCUGGGGGGCCGUAUCGGCAGAGAAUGGCAGCAGGGGACCUCAGGCUGGAUAAAACUGGCGCUACAGCCUACAGGCUGACCAUUCACAAGCUGCAGCCAGUCGACCAGGGGCUGCUCUACUGCCAGGCUGCUGAGUGGAUUCAGGACCCAGAUGGAAGCUGGUUUGCUAUGACCCGCAAGCAGAGCGACAAGACUCAGCUCCGUAUUCAGCCCACUGACCGAGAUUUCAGCAUCCAGGUGAGCACGGAGCGACGGUCCUUCACGGCCGGUGAGCCGCUGGAGCUUCGCUGCACCAUUGAGGCACAGAAUGUCCCCGAGCGUUUCUUCUCGGUGUCAUGGGUCUUCAGCAGCUCACCGGUGGCCGUGGUGGGCCCCAGUGCCGUGCCUACUCUGGGCCCCGAUUAUGUCGCCCGGGAGGCCGCCGGUCAAAUGACAGUGCGCAAAGAGAGCGUCAACGUGCACCUGCUCAAGCUGCAGCAUUUGCGCCCUGAAGAUGCCGGGAAGUAUAUCUGCCGCGUAACAGAGCGGGAGAAGACGCCCACGGGUGACUUCAUCGACCGCAGCAAGAGAUCCCGCAAUGUCCAGAUCACAGUCCAGGCACUGAAGAGCAACAUCACAGUGUUCUUGUCCAGUAACUCCUCAGUGGUCCUAGAGGGUGACGUGAUCCAGCUGACCUGCACAGUCCACGCUACCACGGGCCCCGUGUCUGUUGUCUGGCAGUGGACAGACAGCAAAACAGCUUCACUGACCAAGGAAGUGGCGUCCAUUGAUCGGGAUGGCACAAUAUGGCAUAGCCCCAGCUACAGAGAGCGUGCCAGUUAUGGGGAGAUACGCGUGGAGAAGGUUCGAGCUGACACAUUCUCUCUUUCCAUCCACAACGCCUUACCCGGGGACAGGGGCCUGUACCGCUGCUCAGCCACUGAGUGGCUUCACACCGGCUCUGAACCUGAGCUAAACUGGGAGAAGAGUGAAGAAAGAUCCGACACCAAGAUGGUCAAUGUCACAACUGUCGAGUCCUCCUUCUCGGUGUCGGCCUCAUCGCGGACACCAUCCAUAACCUUCGGAGACUCCUUCGAUCUCCUGUGCCUGGUCAAGCCCCGCCAUAACCCACGCGUCCCCACUUCCGUCACCUGGCACUUUAAGCCAGCUGGAACAGAAAUCGAUGGCGAGGCUGAGGGAGAGUUCAAAGAACUGGUGACUUUCACGCGCGAAGGCACGCUGCAGUGGGGGGAGCAACUGCUGGGAUUGGGCACCCGCACCACCGUGGACCGCUCCCACUCCCACACCAAUUUCUGGCUGUCUGUGACCCGGGCCGGGCGCCGUGAGGCGGGCAAAUAUCGUUGCACUACAGUCCUGUGGAGGAGGAACUACGACAACAGCUGGAGCAGAGUGGCCAAUCGCACUUCCAACCCACUUGGCAUCAGUGUCCUACAGCCAGAGAGUAAGCUGAGAGUGCAAAAGAACAACCAGUCUCAGGUGUACCUGGAAGACAGCCGUGUCAGGAUCAAUUGCUCCAUCACCUCCCAGACCAACCAGGACUCCCAGCAUACCGUGAUGUGGUACGUGAGACGAGCGACCGGGUCGGAGGCUGACGAGCUCCUGCUGAGGAUCGAACGCUCCGGGGCCUUCGAAUAUGGCGCCUACGCAGAUGAGGAGAGACUGAGACGGCGUGUGCAGGCUGAGAGGUUGUCACCCCGUCUGUAUGUGCUGACGCUGAACAGGGCUGAAAGCAGCGAUUCUGGCACGUACUACUGCUUGGUGGAGGAGUGGCUGAGUGACCCAGAUGGAGUCUGGUAUCGACUCUCCCGGGAUUCCUCAGGGUUCACGCAGGUUCUGGUCAGAAAACCAGAGGUUCGCUUGCAGGUCGAAGAACUGGAGUCAAACAUGACUGUGGAAGAGUCCGGUCCAAUCCGACUAGGCUGCAGCAUUCCCUCGCAGUCGUCCCGAAACUCCCGCUUCUCCGUGUCCUGGUAUGUAGAGCGCCCUAAAAACGACAACAAUGAGGAUCAGCCAGGGGAAGAAGAAGGAGACCGGGAGUGCGUGUUCUCCAUUGGACAUGAUGCCGUUUUUGGAAAUGGAAACUGCAGCCCCAUAGAGGAACCCGGGCCAAAUUCUCGCUUGCAGUUUGAGAGGAUGGCCUCUGAUCAGUACAGCCUGACCAUUCAAGGAGCCCGGCCGACAGACGGGGGCCGAUACUACUGCCACGUCGAAGAGUGGCUGCUCAACCCCCGCAACGUAUGGUACCGCCUGGCCACCAACAAUUCUGGGUACACUAUUGUCAAUGUAUUACAACAAGUGUCCACCGUCCAGUCAGUGGUGUGCUCCAACAGCUCCCUCUUCUACUUUGUCUUUUUUUAUCCCUUCCCCAUUUUUGGCAUCCUCCUCAUCGCCCUGCUGCUAGUGCGCUACAAGAGCCGCAACAACAGCAAGAGCCAAGAAGGCAAGAACGGCGCCCCCCUACUGUGGAUUAAAGAACCUCACCUCAGUUACUCUCCCACCUGCCUGGACCCGCCAGCUCUCAGCCUGCACCCCGGCUCGGUCGACUAAGCAAGGGUCCUGCCCGACUGCCUCGCUUAAAUCAUGGAUUUAGCCUACACUAUGCCAGGGAGCAGAUCUGGACUCCACCUUCAGACCUUACUGUCGUUCACUGCUGUGUUGAAUUAGUCAAUCAGUUGAUCAGUUUGAAAAUUCACACCCUGGUGGCUGUCUGUUUUAUGUUAAAAAAGUGUGUGUGUGUGUGUGUGGAUGAGGUUGUGUCUAGUGUGUAAGCACAAUUAACUGUGCACGUGCAAAGUGUGGGAAAGGAAAUAUCACGAGGCUCUCUCAUUUUCUUUUUGUUUUGUCUUUUUUUUGUGAAUCUUAAUUUCUUAGUUGCAUUUUUCUUACUCUGAAUAUUCGUCUAUUUUUCGAAAGAGUGCGGGGAGGAAAAAAAAACUGUGCACAUGAGAUCACGGGCCAAUCUAGGAAGAACAUUUAAGAGAAGGAACUCUAUAAUCAACUCUGGCAUUAAGAGUAUGCCAAAAAAAAAAAAAAGUCUCCGCACUGAUCCAGGAGCAGCUACAGCCUUGCCCACUAUGCUGGUUGCCAUAGUGAUGCUCUGCGCCCACUGACUUCGUAGCUGCCGACUUGGUUGCCAGGCUGCAUAGAGACAAAGGCUAGGACACACAAGUCUGUGUCCUAAGUGAGGAUGUGUGUAUGUGUGUUGGCCCACCUGCCUUCACAAUGAGUUUAGCUUGGCAGACAGAAACAGGUCCUGGUGUGCCACUUAAACACUGCCAGACACUCUGGCCUUAGUGGGAGACUGUCCCACUCUUAUUCUCCCAGAAAAGAAACUGCAAGCGAAAGAGUGGGAGAUGGGGAAAUUAUGGAAAAUAAAUGAACAGCUCCCUCCUGCUGAGGAUAUAUGUACUUUAACACAAGUGAUUUCUUUUCAGUGCCAAGUCCUCCUUAUUUCCUCAACAGCUACUCUUUGAAAUUUUAAAGAGGGGGGGUGGGGGGUGGUUCAGAGGCAGAUUGUAAAUACGUCUUCUUACCUCCUGCUGUGGAUUUAUGGGACUUGUUGGCAAAAACAAAACAAAAAAAAUGUACUUAUGUUGAAUCAGUUGAGUUGUCCUGGUUGAAUUCCACAGUCUUCAUUUCCUGACUGAAAUUGAAUUCUUGGACAUUUCUUUCAAUUCCCCCGUACGACCACUAAGUCCUACAUCUUUAAAAGAUAUCAGAUGCAUAUUUUUUUUUAAAGGAUUUGUAUAGCGCCACACUGAAGAUUAAAAAUGUGUAGAUGUAUCAUAAACCACUAAACACAUUAUCUGCACAUCAGAAGACCAGUUUAUGAUGACAAAUGUUUGACUUUUGUGAUUAUUCUAAGGUUUUUUUUUUUCUAUUUAUUGUUUUAUACUGUUUUGCAUAGCUUUGUAAGAUUUUCUUUUUUGCUUUGAAUUUCAAAAAAGAAAAAAACUGCUUCUGCUUGUGUUGCCAGGCAACUGCACCAAGCACAUAUGUCAAUAGCCUGUGUGUUGACAAUGUGGUAGAAGUAGAAAUGCUAGAUUUGUCCUGCGCAUUGCAGUCUGUAGCAUUUCAUACCAGGUUGUCAAGUUCGGUCAGUGUCAAAACACUGUAUAUCUAUUACUAUAAUGAAAUUUACUGUGGCUUUAAAUGUACAAUAGUUGACCAGGCAAGUCACAAAAAUAGAUUCACGUAAAUGCUUAUUCUAUUUUUUUUUCUUUCUUUCAUUUUUUUGUUGCUCGAGUUGCAUUUAUUUAGUGAAGUGUGAUGUAACACCUUAGGUAGGAUGUUUGGUCAAAGACAGCCGAACUGUUUAAAAUGUCUUCUAAUCAAGGAUUCUGGCUGAAGGCAUCCUCUUCAGCUCCCCUGACGCAAGGGAGAAGGAUUGAAAACCUCUGUUGCCUUCUCUGGAGUGCCAGGGGAGGUGUGAAAUCCUCUAUCCAACGUGGGCCUGACCCCCAUUCACUGCCAGACUGGACAUGAGAACUCUUGAGAAACGUGACAUUAUUGUCGUCUCAGUCGUGUCAAACGUGUAUAUUGCAUGACAAUAUUGCAGGAGGAAAUUUGAUGUUUUGUAAACUUCGAACUCUCUGUGAAUUGUGUUCGUGUGACUGAGCCCAGCCCAGCCCCUCCCCCGUCCCCGCCCCCGCCCCACCCCAAACUUCCUGAGCCAAGAGUGAACACGAAGCCCCGGCCCCAGUCAUCAUUUACGAUAUCUGACUGCCAAUUCUACAUGCCCUUUGAGCCUGUGAAGUAGACCAUUUCAAGAAUGGAUGUUGUGGAGACUGUGUUUGAUAUUAUUGCUCCUAUUGGUCUUUUUAAUGCUUUGCUUUUAUGCAGCAUUUCAUUAAACAUAUUUAUGUCAAAAAAACAACAAAAAAAGAAGCUACAAGUAUGUUUCCUAUACUGUGACACAAGCUACACAGCUUCCUCGUUCUUUUAAUUUUCUCCAAAUGAUCCUUUUCAAGUAAACAAUACCAUUUUAAUCUGAGUGAGGCUGGGUUUAGAAAUGUGAUGCAUGUGCAGCAAAUACAGCUACAACUAACCUGAUCAGUGUCAUAACAGAACCUGGAGCAUCAACUAGCCGUCCAUCCAUUAUUAUGCAUAUGCCAACACGAUUGGAUAAACACAUUUUUGCGUAUCAUAUCCGAUCCCGGGUCAGGUGCAAGGUGCUUGGGGGGGAAAAAAGUGGCACACAGUGGAAACGAGACAAGUAGUACCAGCUCAAAGGCCAGCAAUAUAACGAGGCAACAUUUAGAUUUUUGAAACUAAGCAAAUUCUACAUGCAUAAAACUGUCCUGUUUUGUAUACAUAGCGAAUGACUUCAGUGAAAGAUUUUUUCCCCCUUUUUUGCAUUAUGAUUUCUCAAUGGUCCUAAUUUUCAAAGUAUUCUCUCACAUGAGCUUGCCUAACGAAGACCUCGGUGGUCAAAAUACUGCCUUAUUAUUUUUGUGUUUGUUUACGACUACAUCUCUUGACAAGAUUUUAAAAAAAGUCACAACAGGAAGGAAGUCAGUGACAUAAAUAACUGGUGUGGUUUGACAAAAAUGGUUUCCACUUCUUAUGGGCUUGCGUUACCAUCAGCGCUAAAUCGAAAGCUAAGAAGGAAAAAACAAAGUCUACAUGAACUCAUUUGUUGGUUGAGUGAUUGCCUUUUAUGAAUCCCAGACAUUUCCAGGGAUGCUGGAUGGGUAAAUGGUGCCCACAGAACAGCUGCUUCGGCUUUAAUGUGUAAAUCCCACAAUCUGAGACUUAAUUCAUGCAACAUUAAUUGUAUCUUUCUAGACUUUAGCCAGGAAGUGGAGAAUGCGGUUGUGGUUUUUCAUGUCACGUUGCUCACUACCAUCAAUAGCGCUGUACAGUCAGUCUCUAGUGUUUCUGUGGUAAUAAUACCACCCAUAGCUGCCUCCCAAGAUUUCUCCACACAUUCUGACAGUCUUGUAGCUGUGUUUUGAGGGCUGCAUGUUCUGGCUGUGUGCUGGCUCCGGAUUUAGGUGUAAAACAGUGUGUGUUGAUGUGUUCAGUGAUGAUUUAUUUUCACUGAUGUAUUUUUAUAUGACCAUGGUUAAUUUAUUUUAUCCUUAUGUUAUUCUAUUGAAUAGUUACCAUUGUGACCAUUGAAGAGACACUUAGCUAUUGUCAGUUUAUUGCAAUAAAAAUACAUUGAUUGCCUCUUCCUGUUUUGCUUCCAACCAUAUACAUUUUGCAGUGUUUGGAAAUGUGUCAUUAAACUGAUAUAUCUAUCAGUUCUUUUCACAACAGCCACAACUUACUGAACUGCUUUCUACACCCUUGCAAAACAUCUGCAUUUGCUUUAAAUGAUACUAGCUCUACAGGAGGCAUGGUUUUUGUUUAGUUGGUGUAAGGUUUUGAUUUUUGCCAGGCAAGAGUUGCUGUAUUCUGUAUGUUCUGUGUUUAUUUUAUGAAUGUUUAUUUAUUCAU